CAUCCGCGUGCGCGUGUUCUUGAAUGUCGCGCAUCUGCGGAUGGUGGAUGGAGGAGGAAAAGUGUGUUUACUCAGACGGGCCGAGCGCCUGAGGAAUAGCGUGCGGCGAGAGGAAGUGAGCCGGCUCACUGUCUGCCUGCACCAACUUCCUGCUCAGAGAGAGAGAGAGAGAGAGAGCGAGAGAGAGAGAGACCGAGAGAGAGAAAACAGUCGGGAUCCCAUUACAGUCCGACUGCGAUCUGCCGAGACGGCCGACAGCAUGGAAAAACAGCGCAUUAUACGGAAUUCUUUUUAGAAAAGUGAAAAAGGAACUAAAUAAACGCCCGACCAAUACGCACAGAUAUGGAGAGUGCUAUCACGCUGUGGCAGUUUCUGCUGCAGUUGCUGUUGGACCAAAGCCACAAACACCUGAUUUGCUGGACGUCCAAUGAUGGCGAGUUUAAGCUACUCAAGUCUGAAGAAGUGGCCAAACUCUGGGGACUGCGCAAGAACAAGACCAACAUGAACUACGACAAACUAAGCCGAGCACUACGCUACUAUUACGACAAGAAUAUCAUCAAGAAAGUAAUUGGUCAGAAGUUUGUUUAUAAGUUCGUCUCGUUCCCUGACAUUUUGAAGAUGGAUCCUCAAGCAGUCGAGCUCGGUCGAGAUGGGGGCCACAUCUUGGGAGGCGUCAUGUUGCAGGAGGUGGAGUCUGAUUGUGGUGAAGGGGAGGAGUCUCCGAAGCUGUCCCUGUCAUCGCUGAGAAGCCCCAUCUGUAGGAACGAGUAUCUUCACUCAGGUCUAUACUCAUCAUUCACAGUCAGUUCCCUCCAAAGCCCACCUCCUCUGCUGCGUCCAAUCAAAGUCGAGAAACAGCAAAGGGGUGAGCGAGGGGAAGAGGAAACAGUGAUACGGUUUGUCACUAAUCGGUCAGAGAAGGUGGUACCCUGCUCACCGCCACCCACCUCUGCGGAGGUCUUCUUCACAUCAAAACCCUCCCCCUGCUCCUCUUGUAGCCCCUCCCCCUCUCAUAGUCCCACAUAUAUGCUGCGGCCGGGGCGGAGCCAAGAGGCUCACAUAGAUGAAUCAGAGCAGAGUACUCAGCCUCUGAACUUAUCAUCCGGUCACAGGGAGCGAGCCCAGAAUCAGGCCACGCCCCCUGAGAGGAGGACCAGUAGCAAUGGACUUCCUCCCAAAGCCCGAAAACCCAAAGGGCUGGAAAUCUCCACCCCUUCCAUACUGCUUUCAGGAAGUGACUUGGGCUCUAUUGCCCUAAACAGCCCAGCACUGCCCUCAGGGUCACUUACACCAGCCUUCUUCACUGCACAGACUCCCUCUGGUUUACUGUUGACGCCCAGUCCUCUCCUGUCCUCCAUUCAUUUCUGGAGCAGCCUGAGCCCUGUAGCCCCUCUCAGUCCAGCGAGACUACAGGGCCAUGGUUCACUCUUUCAGUUCCCAUCCCUGCUAAAUGGGCCGCUUCCAGUGCCACUCCCCAACCUGGACUCGUCUUCAUCAUCCUCUUCUCUUCUCCUGUCCUCCAGCACCCAGAAAUCUUGAUUUCUGGACAGUUCAUUCUAUAUUUCCUCAGUUAUACCUAUACCUUCACACUAAGGAGGAUGGAAUUAUGGACCUUCAAGUCAUUUUGAGCCAGACUGCACUUCGCCCCCUUCUGUUGAAUUUUGAAAUGGACCAGCAAACUGUAUUUUUUGUUAAACUCAGGCUGCAAUCCAAACAUUUCACCAGUUUCCUCCCUCAAGCGCUUUAAUUGGGUAAUUAUUAUGAAAUAAGGCCAAAGAAUAUGAAGUGUCCUUCUGAGGAGAUGGUGAGUCACUGGAAAUGCAGUCUAAGAAUUUUUAGCCUCAUUUUAUUGGAAAACACAUCUGAGACUUGCCUUGCCUAGGUAACUUUUCAGUGUCUCUAGGAUGACGACAAUGGUAGAUACUGCAAUGCUGGACCAUUCUCGAUUGUGAUCAAUGCAAAAACAUUUAAACCACAGUGCUCAUACCUUCAACACUGAACUCUCUUCAUAUCCUCCAAAAACAACCCUAAAAUCCUUCACGCAAAACAUCUGAUGAGUUCCCAACAGUUCUCCAUUAAUGACAACCAAGGUGCUCCAACUUGAAUGUUCACAUUAUUUUUGACCAGUUCAGUAACACCUGGAGUUCUUAUUACAAAGAGGUGUAAACAAUGUUAUAGGAAUAUUAUUACCAUUUUUAAAGGAAUGUUUUGGGUUCAGUACAAGUUAAGCUCUAUCGACAGCAUGUGGCACCCCAUACAAAAAUUGAGAGUUCUGGCAAACUUGCUACAAAUUUUCCACUCAUUAUUUUCUCAAGCAAAUGAACUUUGCGGCAAACACUUCAUUUUUGACACAGAGAUUGCCAGUAGCACAAUGUGUCCAUUGUUGCCAAAGGUUUGCUGCAGGUUCACCACUUUCUCAUUUGCAUGUGAAAAUAAUGAGUGGAGAUGCAGCAAGAAUUCUAGAUUUUUGUUAGGGAUAAUGUUUAUUACAACAGACUCGUCCCUCAAAAAAAACAAACAAAAAAAAAAACAUAUUUUUCGGUAAUGCACUUACAAUGGAAGUAAAAAAGGCAAAGCUCCAGAAUUCAGUGUAAAUGCAAAAAUGAGCAUUUCGUAUUUUCGUUUAAGCACUUACAUGAAUCGUUCAGUAAAACCCCGUUUACUGUUUAAAGUUGUUGGGACUACUUUACUAGGUGGAAAACCUCUAAUUAUGUAUAGCUAACGUCAUUUCUGUGGGCGGAGUUUGUGAUGCCCUUUGUUGUAUCCUUGCGUUGAUCUACACGUUACCGACUCGUUACCGACAUGACCACAAUGUUUUCUUUAAAAAAACUGAGGGAAGACAUCAUUUUCUGUGGUAGGCUAAUUGACAUUGUGUAAAUGUUGUCGAUAGAGCUUAAAUUUUGAACAAGUAACAUUCAAUUUAGUCUCUUUUUUUGAAUAUUUGAGGCUGUGAACGGGGUUUCUAUUUGUUUGUUUGUGUGAUAUUGUAUUGUAUAUUGCAUUUUGUAUGCACUGUGCUUAAAUUGUAAAACCGGCUGUGCCUUUUUGUAUAAGAAUUGAGUAUUUGUAUUAUUUUCUUGCUUAUAAACAUUUUUUAUUUUAUUUUUUUGUAAUAGACGAAAUUCCAUUUCAAUAUGGGAAAGAAAAGCUUUGUAAUAGCUUAUGGUAAUAUUUUUUUUAUUAUUAUUAUUAUUUAGGAAUUGAUUAAAAAAAUGUAUUCUGGUAUAAUUUUAUAUUUUUUGCUUUCCAAGAGUCAAGACAAUGUGCCUUG